AUGGAAAAUAGGGAAAAUUCCUUCAGCCGCUCCCGAAGCUCCAGCGUGUCCAGUAUCGACAGGGACUCAAAAGAGGCAAUCACAGCUUUGUACUUCAUGGAGUCCUUUGCCCGGAAGAAUGACUCUGCUGUUUCCUCCUGUCUCUGGGUUGGAACAGGCCUAGGAAUGGUCAUAAUCCUGUCCCUUAAUCUGCCUGCUAGUGACGACUUACGGCAGUCAGAGCCGGUCAUGGUGUCACCAAGUGCUGGAUGUCAGCUAUGCUGUGCUGACAACCAGUCUGAUUGUGGUGCCAGUGCCAGUGAGAGGAAAUUCUGUUCUGCAGGCACCGUCCUGACACUGAAGGGAGCCGUGCUGACCUUCGCAUGCUUGAACUGCAUGGGGACAUUGACACAUCGACCCUAUGAAGUAUGGAGGGAUCCCCACAGUGCUGAUGAUGGUGACAAAACAAGGAAAAGGAAACUAGUCAUGCAUUCCCCUUCCUCCUCCCAGGAUAUGGGUGAUCAUCAAUUUGCAGUCAUUUGUUCAGAAAAACAAGCCAAAGUCUUCUCAUUGCCUUCCCAAACAUGUCUUUAUGUCCUCAACAUCACUGAAACGUCCUUUUUAUUGCGAGCAGAUGUGGUCACCCUCUGUAACAGCGUCUGUCUGGCGUGCUUUUGUGCUAAUGGGCACAUCAUGACACUGAGUUUGCCCAGCCUUCGCCCGCUGCUGGACAUCAACUAUUUGCCUGUCACAGACAUGAGGAUAGCACGGACCUUCUGUUUCACUAAUGAAGGGCAGGCUUUGUACCUGAGCUCUCCCACAGAGAUCCAGCGCCUGACGUACAGCCAGGAGAUGUGUGACAACCUGCAGGACAUGCUUGGGGAUUUGUUUACUCCUGUGGAAACACCAGAAGCCCAAAACAGAGGCUUUCUCAAAGGACUUUUUGGAGGAAGUGGACAAGCUUUUGACAGAGAGGAGCUUUUUGGCGAGGCCACAGCAGGAAAAGCCUCUCGCAGCCUCGCCCAGCACAUCCCUGGAUCCGGCGGGAUUGAAGGCGUGAGAGGAGCCGCGGGUGGGGUCAUUGGGGACCUGACUCGUGCACGCCUUGCCCUGGAUGAGAGGGGACAGAAGCUGGGUGAGCUUGAUGAAAGGACUGCCAGCAUGAUGGCCAGCGCAGAGGCGUUUUCCAAACAUGCACAUGAGGUGAUGCUCAAAUACAAGGACAAAAAGUGGUACCAGUUUUAGACUUUCAAAUAAGCUGCUUGUGGCUUUAUUGGGAACACUGUUCAGGGAAGCAACAUUUAUUCCCAAAUCUAUCAGUCACUGGCCAGAGAGAGUUUUUUCCUAGAAGAUGUUUUCCUGUUACUAUUACUGGAUUCAUCACAGUGGACAUCAAGGAGAAAUUUUACAGACCGUGGAACAGAAGCUGGUAUCAUGAGGGUCUUUCCAACAGCUGACUCAUGAAGUGGCCAAUUCUUUCCCAAAAGGAACUCAGCCAUCACUGUGGCAUGUAGUUUUCAGAAGCUGUAGGUAUGAACUGUGGGGAGUGCAUCUGGUUAAUAAUAUUCUGUACAAACUAGAAUGUUAAUGCACUUAUAAAACUUUGCAUGACUAAUUGCCAACU